AUGUGCGGGAUCCAUGCUUUGAUAUCUGCAUCGCAUCCAGCAGCCAUCACAGCCAAUCUGCGACGAUGUCUCUGUGGCCGGGGCCCAGAUCACAUCACCACUCUCGAGACGCAGCUGGUCGACGGCGCAGCCACGACUCACCUCUCCUUCACCUCCUCGGUCCUCGCUCUUCGUGGUGAUCACGUUGCCCAGCAGCCGUUCGUCGACGCCGAGACCGGCUCGAUACUUUGCUGGAACGGGGAAGCCUGGAAGAUUCGUCACCAUGACGUAUCCGGCAAUGAUGGCGAAGCGAUAGCUGCUCUCCUGGGUGAAGCCGUGAGGCGGCACCGUGGAGAGCGUGAGGCUGCCAUUUUGCAGGUACUCCGGUCCAUCGACGGCCCAUUCGCAUUCGUGUUUUUUGAUAAGCCAUCAAGCAAGAUAUAUUAUGGUCGCGAUCGCCUUGGGCGUCGAUCAUUGGUGCUACUCGAAGAAGGCCAGCGCGUUACGCUGUCCAGCAUUGCAGAUGCAGUCAACCCGCAGUGGAGGGAGGUUGAGGCUGACGGCAUCUACGUCCUGGAUGCGGCGAGCAUUCACUCACAUAAUUCCUCUGAAGAUAAUCACCGUGCGACAACACGACUGAGUUGGUUGGAUGAGGAUGACGCAGUAGAUUUUGUUUCCAACAUUGGCCAUUUUAAUUCAGAUGUCCCCGAAGGAGACGUUCGCCUAGCACCCGGCUCGCCACCAGUGACGGCCCUGCGUCAGCAGCUGACAGAGUCUCUCAGACUGCGCGUCCUCAAUGUGCCUUUACCACCAGGAGCUGAUGAGCACCAGCAAAGUGCGAGGGUGGCUGUAUUGUUCUCCGGUGGGCUGGACUGUACUGUGAUUGCGAGAAUGUGUCACGAUCUCAUUCCUCUUGAACAGUCUAUCGACUUGAUCAAUGUCGCGUUUGAGAAUCCUCGAGUCGCGGCCAACGCUCAGAAGCUGAGGGGCCAGGAGGACUCAGGUUCAUUCAACAUCUAUGAGGCCUGCCCGGAUAGGAUGACGGGAAGGAAGUCCUUCGCCGAACUUCAGGAAGUCUGUCCUGGGCGGGCCUGGAACUUUAUCGCAGUCAAUGUCCCUUACUCCGAGUAUUCAAGCCACAAGGCCGAGGUUGUAUCUCUCAUUUACCCCCACAACACCGAGAUGGACCUCUCCAUAGCUUGUGCUCUGUACUUUUCUGCUCGGGGUCAGGGCGUGGCUAUCACAGAUGCCACCACAACUGCCUCAGCAGACUGUACCACAGGGGCGCGAGUGCUUCUCUCAGGGCUUGGCGCCGAUGAGCUCUUUGGAGGCUAUCAACGUCAUGCGACAGCCUACCAGAGACAAGGCUAUCCGGGGCUGGUCGACGAGCUCAAACUUGACGUUAGCAGGCUAGGAAAGCGGAACCUCGGCAGAGAUGAUCGAGUGAUGUCGCACUGGGGAAAAGAAGUACGCUUCCCGUAUCUGGACGAAGAGCUGGUGCGAUGGGCCAUUGGGACCCCAGCAUGGGAGAAAUGCGAUUUCAGUAACCCCGAUGGGGUUGUUGAAGCGGGCAAGCGGGUUUUGAGACUGGUUGCUUUGGAACUCGGCAUGAGCCAGGUGGCGACUGAGAAGAAGCGGGCCAUCCAGUUCGGCUCCCGAACAGCAAAGAUGGAAAGUGGAAAGGUCAAAGGCACAACGCCGUUGUCGUGA